AUGCCUAUUAGGCAGCAUGAUGUGGUACCGGAGAAAAUUCAGGUGUCAAACAUUACUGAUGUAGCUCUUGCCUUUAUGCGUUCCGACACGUUCAACACUCCAGACCAAGAUGAGUGGCCCCUCUUCACUACCAUUGAAGAAGUCCGGCCCAAGUUUGCGGAUGGAACGAUCGUCCAAGUCGCAAUUGGCGGAUGGGGCGAUACGAAUGGCUUCUCGACAGCGGCUAGAACAGAGGAAAGCCGGAAGCUGUUCGCUAGCAACGUCAAGGCUAUGCUCGAUGCUACCGGCGCUGAUGAGAAGAAGCUGACCUCACAAGGUAUCGAUAUGGAUUGGGAAUACCCAGGCGGCAACGGCGAAGACUACAAAACACCUGGCCAUCUCAACUCCAAUAAAGCUUGGGAGAUAUUUGCUUACCCCAAGCUACUAGCAGAAAUCCGUUCGGCAGUAGGGCCUGAGAAGACUAUCUCAGCAGCCGUCCCUGGUCUACCACGCGACAUGCUGGCUUUCACCCCUUCCACCAUUCCCGCCAUCAUGGAGUCAGUCGACUACCUGAACAUUAUGACAUACGACAUGUUCAACCGUCGCGACAACGUAACAAAGCAUCAUACCGGUAUCCAGAACUCGUUUGAAGCCAUCGAUGCAUACCUCGACGCCGGCGUACCGCCUGAGAAGGCGAACUUGGGACUGGCAUUCUACAUCAAAUGGUACAAGACCGCCGCGAAUGCGACAUGCAGUGUCAACCCCAUCGGCUGUGCGACAGAACUUAUGGAAGAUCCCACCACCGGUGCUGACCUAGGCAAAGCCGGCGCAUUCUCAUGGCACGACGCCGUUCCUGAAGAAGUUUCCGCAUCGUACGAGCGUGCGAUGGAGAAUGGUAUGUAUGACGAGGUGGGUGGUGGACAGUACUACUGGGAUGCCGAAGAGAACUUAUUCUGGACCUGGGAUACGCCUGAGGCUAUUAAGCGCAAGGUGCAGAUCGUCAUGAAGGAUAAGGGGCUUGGUGGUGUGUUUGCAUGGGGAUUGGGAGAAGAUGCACCAAAGUUCGAGCAUUUGAAGGCAAGUAAUGAGGCGGUGGCGGCAUUGGACGGAUGCAAGAAAGGGCGUAGAGAGACGUCUGGUGAGAGGAGUGAGCUGUAG